GUGUUCAAAUUUCUUGAGCAAGAAGAAAAAAGAAAAGUGUCUGCGAUUAAUUGAAUAAAAAGGGGAAGAAGAGGUUGGUUUCGUAAGAAGGUGAAUCGAAUCGAAUAACAACAAUGUUCAGGAACCAGUACGACACGGACGUAACGACAUGGAGCCCAGCGGGGAGGUUGUUUCAGGUGGAGUACGCCAUGGAGGCUGUGAAACAGGGCUCAGCCGCAAUUGGCCUCCGAUCCAAAACUCACGUGGUUCUCGCGUGCGUCAACAAGUCAAACUCCGAACUCUCUUCUCAUCAGAAGAAGAUCUUCAAGGUUGAUGACCACAUCGGCGUCGCCAUCGCCGGCCUCACCGCCGACGGCCGCGUCCUCUCUCGCUACAUGCGAUCUGAAUGCAUCAACCACAAUUACACCUACGAGUCUCCCCUUCCCGUUGGUCGACUCGUCGUUCAGCUCGCCGACAAGGCCCAGGUUUGCACCCAGCGAUCAUGGAAACGUCCUUAUGGGGUUGGUCUCCUGGUAGGUGGACUCGAUGAAACAGGAGCUCACCUCUAUUACAACUGUCCGAGUGGAAGCUAUUUUGAAUAUCAGGCCUUUGCAAUUGGGUCUCGCUCACAAGCUGCAAAGACAUAUUUGGAACGCAGGUUUGAGAACUUCAUGGGUUCCUCACGGGAAGAUCUGAUCAAAGAUGCACUUAUUGCAACUAGGGAAUCCUUGCAAGGUGAAAAGCUCAGAAGUUCUGUGUGCACAGUUGCUGUGGUUGGAGUUGGUGAGCCAUUCCACAUUUUGGAUCAGGAAACUGUUCAACAGUUGAUUGAUGCUUUUGAGAUUGUGAAGGAGGAAGAAGCCCCUCCUGCUGAACCUCAGCCAGCAACUGAGUUGGAGGCUGCCACAGAUCAGAGUUCUGGUGCAGAUCAAGGUGGUGCUGAAAACCAAGGUGGUUCUCCGAUGGAUAUUUAAUGAUUUAAGAUUCAGUUCUGAAGGUGUUAAAAACAGAUAUUUUAAGAUGAGUAGGUUUCAUGUUAAGUGUGUCAUGGGAGAAGAUUUCUCUUUGAUGGAUUUUCUUUUCUUAAUCUUGUUUAUUUCUGCAAUUCAUACAUGGCUGUUCAU